AUGGUACGUAGCGUCGUCCUCGCGGCUUCAAUCUGCACUCGCGGCGGGAAAGCUGUCCUCUCGAGACAGUUCCGCGAGAUGCCACGAUCGCGGAUAGAGGCGCUGCUGGCCUCGUUCCCGAAACUGGCCGACAGCGGCACCCAGCACACGACCGUCGAGCAGGACAAUGUCCGCUUCGUUUACCAACCCCUUGACGAGCUUUACAUGGUUCUUAUCACCAACCGCCAGUCCAACAUCUUGCAGGACAUCGACUCGCUGCACCUGUUUGCGCAGGUGGUCACCAGCGCCUGCAAGACUCUCGACGAGAGGGAGAUUCUACGAAACGCCUACGAGCUUCUCAGCGCAUUCGACGAGCUGGUGACGCUCGGAUACCGCGAGAACCUGACGAUGAGCCAGAUCAAGACGUUUCUCGAUAUGGAGAGCCACGAGGAGCGCAUCCAAGAAAUCAUCAACAAGGAGCUUGAAGCUACCGAAGAGCGGAAACGCAAGGCCAAGCAACUGGAGAUGCAGCGCAAGGAGUCCGCGCGGAGUGGUCGUGGCGGCAUGCCGAGGACUCCUGUAUACCCUACAUAUCAACCACCGUCGCGGCCGAGCGCUGCCGAUUCCUACGACUCCUACGAGCUGCUAAUCUCAUUGCACAGGCCAUCAGCGCCCAAGGCGAAAGGCAUGCAGCUCGGCAAGAAGUCCAAGACCAGCGACAUGUUCGAGCGUGUUCGUGGCGACAUGGGCGGCGAGGUGGACGACACGCCUCUGGUGACCCCGUCACCGGCAGCGGCUGAGCCUAUUGAGCCUCGCAUGUCGUCGACUCUCGACCGGGAUGCGAUUCACGUCACGGUUUCCGAAUCUAUCAGCGCCAAGCUCUCGAGAGAGGGCGCCGUCAACUCGCUUGCCAUCAGCGGAGAUCUCACUCUCCGCGUGUCUGAUCCGAGCCUGACCAAGAUCAAGCUCGGUCUUCGGGCGGUCGCUUCGCACGGAGCUCAAUUCCGCACCCACCCAAACGUGGACCGCAACCUUUUCAACGGCUCGAAGGUCAUCCAGAUGAGCAACACCGCGCGGGGAUUCCCUGUGAACAACGCUGUCGGCGUCCUCCGCUGGAGGGCAACGCCCAAGACUGACGACACGAGCGCGUGCCCGAUCACGUUCACUGUGUGGAUCAACAAGGACUCGGACAAGUACAACAUCACAGUCGAGUACGAGCUGACUGGUGGGGAUGCAUUGAGGGAUGUGAGCGUCGUUAUCCCGUACGCAGGCAGCGAGCCGGUGGUAUCCAGCUUCGACGCCGCGUAUGAAGUCUCCGGAGACAUGUUGGAGUGGAACGUUGGCGCCGUGGACGACGAGAACCCCAACGGAUCCUUCGAAUUUGAGGCGGAGAGUGGUGACGAGAACGACUUCUUCCCCAUGACUGUCCGAUUCAACAAGACGACGCCGUACGUCGACGUUGAUGUGAGUUACCACGGUGUCGUUGUUGGAGGAGAACGAGGAGGUGACCUUUUCCAAGGAGAUCAAGUCGGCCGCCGACAACUUUUCCAUUGA